GGCUCUGUGUUGGAUGUAACCGCGCGCGCGUUUCGCUUCUCAUCGGGGAUCGAAAUCACGCUUUGGUUUUGUUGGAUUACAGCCGAUCUGAUGUUUUAUUACUGCAGUCUGAUGCGGAGAAAUGGGUAAACUCCAUUCCAAACAUGCUGCAAUCUGUAAACCGAGGGAAAGCCCGGAAGGUGAUAGUUUUGUAGUGAAUGCCUGCUUGGCUAGAAAAGGGCUGGACGACUGGCUGGUUAAACAGAAGUAUUACUGCACCGGCGCUCGGCUGGAUCAGCAGGACUGUCCACAGAAAAGUACCUGCGGGACAUCAGCGAGGGACACUUUGAAGGAAGCUUGUGCUGAGGGAAUCAGUGAUGAGCACUAUCGCUUAGAAGUAGCCCUGCCCCCGGAGAAGAUUGACAGCUGCAGCGCAGAGGAGAAGAUGCAGGAGAAGGAGAGUUCGGGUCCAAAUAAACAACUACAGUUUGAGGAGCUGGAGUGUGCUGUUUCUGUGGAGGAGGAUAACAGGCAGGAGUGGACCUUCACUCUGUACGACUUCGACAACAACGGCAAAGUGACGAGAGAGGAUAUCACUAGUUUGCUGCACACCAUCUACGAGGUAGUGGACGCCUCGGUGAACCACUCUCCCAGCAGCAGCAAAACCCUGCGGGUGAAGCUCUCCGUCACACCCGACGCCAGCCAGCGGUGGAGGAACGGCAAUGGUGGCGCUCACGCCAACGCAGACAUGCCACACCCAAGACUUAAGGCUGAAAAGUGCUUUGAGGAGCCCAAAAGCUCGGAGAAGAAGUCCAGAGCCCUGCUGAGGCGUCAUCACAGUGACCAUCACACACAGCAGGGCUGCCAGAGACACUGCGUAGAUGAAAACCUGGAGAGAAGGAAUCAUUAUCUGGACCUGGCCGGCAUUGAGAACUACUCCUCUCGCUUUGGGACCGCUGCUCCCACCGCCGAGCCGCCCAAACCCGACCACGCCUCUCGUCCAUCCAAUCAGACUCGCUCCCGCUCUCAGGAGCCCGAAAACGGACAUAGCCACCCGCCCCACCACCAUCGGCGCUCGCACACCAUUUCAACCGAGACCCCCGCCCUGCAGGACAGCCUCUGUCUCCGCCCCCGAACCCAGGACUCCACCCACCAAGCUCACGGCCUACGAUCACCCAAAGCCCAAACUUCCUGCAGCAGAGUGAUGAAACGAGGCCCAGCCCCUCCUUCCGCUCCACCCGUCAACGCCGUGCCCCAUCAGAGCUCUGCACCUUACCGACGACACAAGCAGCGGCCCAGAGAGGGUCCUCUGGCACGAGGCCCUCCAGGACGCGGGGCGGGGCCGGUCGUGAGUUCAGGUCCGGUGGUGGAAAAGGAGCAGGUGAGGGAUCUACCAAGUGUGGUGCUGUACGAAGGCGGCCUGGCGCAGGUGGUGCAGCGACACGAACACCACCACCAUCACGAGCACCAUUACCACUAUCACCAUUUCUACCAGUCAUAAGCGGAGAGCCUGAGACGAAGCGAAGGAAGCUGUACAGCGAAGCCGAGCCGAGACUGACGCGCAGCAGGCGCCGUGUUCUCCGUGUGUCUUUGCAUGCGUAUGUAAGAAGCCAAGAGGUUCAACGGGACUGAUCUCCAGGCUAGAAAAGGGCUAUAUCUCUCUCACUUUAUAGAUUUUCUCUUCCUCUUGGAUUACUUCAUCUUUUUCUCGUGCUCUAAUGUACAAUACGAACACGGUCUCACGAUUGUAAAUCACCAUAGAGACAUGUCAUGUCAUGGGGUUAGAGGUCAUAGAUUUUUUGUUUUGUUUUGUUUUGUGAGAUCGAGUCGAAUAUAAAUUAUGUAAAGUCUCCUAAAAGGGAUGCGACUGUUAAAUGAAGUAUUGUGAGCUAUGAAGGAAAGGAGAGAUGCAUAAUCUCCUCUGUGUGUGUGUGUAUGAGUGUGUGUGUGUUUGUGUGUGUAUAUGUAUGUACUAUGUAUGCAUGUAAUGUACAGUAUAUGUGUGUGUGCGCCUAAAUUGCCUACGGUGUCUUUUGGACGCUGAUCCUGUGUUAUUGCCACUCGAUAACCACUUGAAAAAGCACUUGUGGUGCGGCUCCAUUGAAAAGACGGACGGAUCGAACCUGGUUCCUUUUGACGCAAUAUGUAACGGAGGCCAGCGGUGGGUGCUGUGUAGGUAAACCUCCUCACUCCCCUGAUCUCAAGAGGCGCACUAGUGGCUGCAGUCUUUAGCCUACUUGUUAGUGUGCCUGCCUCCCAUGCCAGAUACCCGGGUUCAAGACCCACUUGGAGCAGGUGCGAGUAGCACCCGUUGGGUUAUAUUGGUGCCGUGACCCGGAAGGGAGUGAGGUUUAGGGGGGUAAGUGUAAUGAAGGCCAGUGGUAGGUGCUGUGCAGGUAAACCUCACUCCCCUGAUCUCAAGAGGUGCACUACCAAUUGUCUUUAGCCUCCUUGUUAGUGCACCUGCCUCCUAUACCAGAGACCCAGGUUCGAGACCCGCUCAGAGCGGGUGCGAGUAGGAUAUUGGUGCCGUGACCCGGAUGGGAGUGAGGUUUAGGGGGGGUGUGUGUAACGGAGGCCAGCGGUUGGGUAAACCUCACUCCCCUGAUAUAAAGAGGCAUGCUAGUGUCUACAGUAUUUAGCCUCCUUGUUAGUGCACCCGCCUCCUAUGCCAGAGACCCGGGUUCGAGACCUGCUCGGAGUGGCUGCGAGUAGGACCCGUGGGGUUCCAAAUACACGACUCGGCUUCAGAGACUGUGAGGACAAAGUGAUAUAAACCUGGAGAAUGAAGAACGUGAAAGAAGAAAAAUCCUAAUCUGCUGCUACCUCUAGUAUUAUUAUAAUUGUUGAGAAAAUGAUCAUUUAGAUAGUAUUUUUAUUGUUUUUUUGUUUUUUUUUACUAUUACACCAUCGAUCUACAGCUAUGACAUUUUUUUUUAAACAUACAUAUGCUACAGACUUUGUUGUAUGUACCUGUUUAACACAAAUAUACCGUCGACAUCGUAAGCUUUACGAAUAAUGUGAUCUUUUUGUAAAUCUUUCUCAGCUCUCGAUUCAAAUCCAAUUCAGCGUCUCUCAGUAUUUUUCACUAUUAUUAUUAUUAUUAUUAUUAUUAUUAUUAUUAUUAUUGUUUUUUUGUGUAAAGACCACUAAGUAUGAAAGAUUUAUAGCACAGUGAAGUGUAGUAUAUAAUGAUAUAAAGAUAUAUAUAUAGAGAGAGUGUGUAUGAAGAGUUGCCUCUUGAAUCUGUGUGACACAGUGAAUGAAUGCAACGUGUGAAAGUUUGUACACUCUUGGGAAAAAUUUAAAAACAAUACACACUCAGAGGAAGAAUUGUAUUUCAUUCCAGCAAGACCUUUCGGAUGUUUCUUCAUUAUGAGAAAGGGGGACCGGUUUCCAAAAGUUUGCACUCCUCAUUCUCAUAAACUCCACAUUCUCCAAAUGAUUCCUUCUCCUUUUUAACAUCUGUAGUAUUAUAUAUCUGUAUCAACUCAGUUCCAAAUGAUUCAUUCCUGGAACUUAUUUUAGAUAAGUAUUUAAAAAUAAAAAUACAAAAAAGUUUAUUUUCAAUGCAGAAAACUGUGGGAGAAAAAAGAAUGAGAAAAAAAGAGAAAAAGACCUGGAGAUGUUUAUGUGUGUGUGUGUGUGUGUGAGAGAGAGAGAGAGAGAGAGAGAGAGAGAGAUUCAGAA